CCUGCGGCCCUACCCCGUUUAAUCCAUCGCUAUCCAUCACGAACUUUUCCUAGUCUGCCUCUACAGGCCUUCGACCGCAUCCGUUAUCGCAUCUCCUUGACUGCAUCUCCCGUCGCUGACGGGGAACCUCGCCUCCGGGCGGAAGUUGGACAGAAUGAGGGCUCACAUCACAUAUUCCACAAUGCUCGCCCCAUUCAUAUUACUAGCAUCGGCGCCGUUGGGUGCCUUAGCCGCAGACGUCCUCAAGACGAACGGCUACAGCUCCUGUCAGGAGAAUUCUGACAUCACAGUAAACAACCUGGAUAUCGAGUUCGACCGAUCAACGAAGAAGAUCAAGUUCGAUGUUUCCGGUACGAGCCAGAAGGAGCAAAAGGUCAUGGCGACACUCAUCGUGAACGCCUAUGGUAAAGAGGUGUACCGGAACGAGUUCAAUCCUUGCGAUGAGAACACCAAGGUGCCAAAGCUAUGUCCAGUACCUGUUGGUUCCUUCGGCGCACAAGGAGAGCAGAGCAUUCCCGAUUCCUAUAUCUCGCAGAUUCCCUCCAUCGCCUUCAGCGUGCCUGAUAUCGACAGCCAGGCGACAAUGCAGCUCAAAGCCGUGGACGGAGGACAGCAACUCGCCUGUAUCACAUCGCAGGUCAGCAACGGGAAAUCGCUCAACACCCCCGCCGUUUCAUACAUCGCCGCUGGUAUUGCGGUGGGUGCGCUCGCGGUUACUGGGCUUUCCGCUCUCGCAAGCGCCGGUCAUGCUGGAGCUCCGACGUCUAGCCCAACAUUUGGCGAGGUGAUCGGCUGGUUCCAAUCUAUGGCUUUGAACGGAAUGAUGAGCGUCAGUACUCCUGGCGUCUACCAAAGCUUCUCCAAGAAUUUCGCCUUCAGCACUGGGCUGAUCCAGUGGGACGGCAUGCAACAGUCCAUUGACAGUUUCCGCAAUAAAACCGGCGGCAACCUUACUACGGACAGCGUCGCCUUUUUGAGGAAUGCCACCCUCAUCCACACCGACCAGGGAAUGAACCUCACUAAACGCGGAGUCGAGAUAACCAGGCUUUGGGCGCGUGACGAGCUCACAACCAACGUCAAUGGGACCCAGGACUCCAGCGGAGGAGACAGCAAAGUCAUGCACGCCGUGUCGGGCAUUCAAGGCUACGUUGAAGAACUCACCAUCCCGAACGGAAAUACCUUCAUGACUGUUCUCCUGAUCUUCGCCAUCGUUGUCGCCGCCAUUACUGUUGGUAUUCUCCUGUUUAAGGUCAUCCUCGAGUCCUGGGCGCUGUGCGGAAGCUUCCCUAAGCGACUAACAAGCUUCCGGAAGCGGUACUGGUGGACCCUCGCCAAAACCAUCACCAACUUGAUCCUCCUUCUCUACGGUAUCUGGACGCUCUAUUGCGUGUACCAGUUCAAGAACGGAGAUUCCUGGGCCGCGAAGCUUCUUGCUGGCGUGACUCUCGCACUAUUCACCGCCAUCCUCGCAUUCUUUACCUGGAAAAUUUGGCACAUCGCCCACAAAUUCAAGAAGAUGGAGGGUGACGUAUCUGCUCUGUACGACAACAAGGACGUGUGGCGGAAGUACAGCAUCUUCUACGAGAACUACAAGAAGAGCUACUGGUGGAUCUUUGUGCCGGCCAUCGUCUACAUGUUCGCUCGAGGCUGCGUCAUCGCUGGCGCAGACGGUCACGGUCUUGUUCAGGCAGCUGGUCAGCUCAUCGUUGAGGCAAUCCUUCUUGCCCUGCUCCUCUGGUCUCGUCCUUUCUCCCUUAAAUCCGGAAACUGGAUCAACAUCAUCAUUCAGGUCGUUCGUGUGCUGUCCGUGGUCUGCAUCUUGGUCUUCGUUGAAGAGCUUGGCGUUGCCCAGACCACCAAGACUGUUACUGGCCUUGUCCUGGUGGUGAUGCAGGCAGCAUUGACUGGUCUUUUGGCUAUCUUGAUUGCUGUUAAUGCCAUCGUCAUCUGCUGCCGGCAGAACCCGCACCGCAAGAAGAGGAAGGAAGCUGAGAAAGCACGCGACUUGGAUAACCUUACACCUCUUGACGCUCGCAACUCGCUCCUCAUGGAUCCCCAAGAAUACAAGCGCAGCUCAAUACCUGCUCCCUUCGGCCAGCGUGGCUACGAGCCUGUGCCCCUCACCGAACAGCCCACAGCCUACCAAGGCGCCCGACCCUUCCGGGAAGGCCAGGAACACCUUCUGUCCGAUGCAGCAAGCUUUGGUCACAGUCACGCUCGGAGUGUCAGCCGCGACCGAAGUCCUAGCCCUCCCAGUUCAAGAGCACCACGAUUGCCCGAAGUCAAUUUCGGCGGCCAACAGACUGGCUAUACCUCAUCAGGCCCAUGGCAACCUCAGGGAGGCCAUCGUGGACACGCAUACUAAACUCUGUAUACCCAAAAGUAAUUUACCUUUGUACAUUUUUCGUGGAGAAGAAAUUCCAACCAUGUCGUUGGUAGCUGUGUAUAUGUCACACUUGGAUCAUCUGUUGUACGGCAUUGGGCGAGGCAUUUGAGCUUGUCAUAUUCAUCGAAUUUGGAGAGGCACACAUUCCGGGAGAUGAGCGCAA